AUGGCUAGCAUAUUUAUUCUGGCUGAUGUUUCUCGGAAUCACAAACAAUACACAGGUGUGUUUCAUUUCGUUCUAAUAUCGAAAUCUGCCUUUGUGAUGGAGUCUCUCUUGAAGAAUCUCGAAAAACAUGUUACUUGCUCCAUCUGUCUGGAUACUUACACCAAGCCUAAGACCAUAGCUUGUCUUCAUACCUUCUGCCUGAAAUGUUUAGAGGAGCACGCUUUGAGAACACAAAGACAAGGACAAUUUCGAUGUCCCGAUUGUCAGGCACAAGUGAACAUCCCAGAAGGAAAUUGUUUCGAUAAUUUGCCGACUGGUUUUCUGCAAAACAGUUUGUUGAGUCUUCUCGCUGUACGACAAAGUGGCGAUGGAAGUCAGAUCAGUUGUGGUAUCUGUAAGAAAAAGAGCGCCGAGAUCAGCUAUUGCUUCGCUUGCGAAAAAUUACUGUGCCGUGAUUGUGUUAAUGCACACGAAUUGUUUCGAGAGAGCGCCUUUCAAGGACACAAAGUGACGGCAGUGAAACAGUUUCAAGCCGUAGAUUACGAGGCCUUGUUAAAGCGUCAGUCCUUUUGCCCUCAGCCUUACCACGAGAGAGAGGUAACCAGGUUUUUUUGCCUUGAAUACCAGAUUUGUGUUUGUCAAGUUUGCAUAAACACUGAUCACAAGAAUCAUAAUGUUGAUCCGCUUGAGAAAGCAGCGGAUGCCGAGAAAACAAACAUCAUGGCGGCAGUCGAGUCGAUAGAACAAAAGAAAAAAGUUUGUGGCGAUGCGAUUAACACUUUUCAACAAGUUGUUGUAGAGCUGGAGCGAAAUAUCACCGCUGCUAAACGAGAGGUUUCCCAAACAGCCGAGGAAAUGGUCGCGAAGAUUCGUGAACACGAGCGGAAAGCUACAAAAAUCCUCGAGAAUACACGCGUGUCUAGAAUGGAGAAAAUAAACUCUCUAAACGAGCAAGUAAAGUCAUUCAUCAAACAGCUUGACCAAGCAGUUCAGUUUGCAAAAAACCUGGUUGAGAGAAGCUCAAGUUCGGAUGUUAUGAAAAGUAAGAAGAGUUUAGAGCAGCGAUUUGGAGAUCUCGACAGGGCCACAGUCCCUUCGCUUCUGGUUAGCUCAUACGUGAAGUUUUUCUCGACUAAUGCACUUGACAACCUAAACCUGGGGUCAGUGAUAACCAAUGAAACAGAUGUACGGUUGUCAUCAAUGGAAGCUCUUACUGAAAAUCUCCAAGCUGGUCUGGAAGCAGAGCUUCUGAUUUGUCCAAGGCGGGAGAGUGAAGAAGAGCUUUCAAGUAAAUGUCAGCGUGAACUUGACGUUAAAGUGCUCAUAGAACCCGCUGAGGAUGUAGCAAGUUUAAGAAUUUUUAGAAAAGGAAAUGAUGAUUUCCACGUGAAGUUUGUUCCUAAAGUACCUGGCAUCUACAACAUGACAGUCAAGAUAAAUGGGAACAAACUUGUUACCAGUCCUUUCAGGGUCCAGGUAAAGGAACGACGGAUUGAUGUUGUGGGCGAGUUAGUUCUAAAAAAAGAAAUUUCUGAUAGUCCAAAUUGGAUUGUUGUCAACAGCAAAGGAACAAUCGCUCUUAGUGACAAUAAAAAAGACUGCAUUCUUAUGUUUGAUAAGGAUGGAAAUUUUGUGCGAAAAUUUGGUUCUCAUGGAAAAGGGCCUGGGGAGCUAUUUACUCCAGCUGGAUUGGCAUUCCUGAAUGAUGACGAGCUUCUGGUGGUAGAUGACAGAAAUGGCCGAAUUCAACAAUUCAAUGUACAGACAGGGAACUUUGUGAAGAGCUUUGGAGAGAGAGGGAAUGGAGACGGUGAAUUUAGAAGACCCGAAGGAAUUUCCAUAAAUAAUGAAGGACAUGUCAUUGUAGCGGAUUACUAUAAUAACAGAAUUCAGGUCUUGGACAAAGAUGGUAAAUUCAUGUUCAAAUUUGGAGACGAUGACCCUGGAAAGCUAAACGCACCUAGUGGAUGCAUUUAUCACAAAGACAAGUUCAUUGUAUCUGACAGUGGAAACCAUUGUUUGAAAGUGUUUGACAAAUCAGGGAAGUUCCUGUACAAGAUUGGAGAAGAAGGCAAAGCUGAUGGACAGCUUUCAAAUCCAUGGGGUUUGUGUGUUGAGAAAUAUGGCGAUCAUCAGAAUCUUUUGGUGUGUGACAAAAAUAAUAGAUGCAUUCAACAGUUUACAAUGGAAGGUCGUUUUAGUGGCAAAACUGUUAUUAAGCUAAACGAUUCGAGAGCAAUAGCUACAACACCAGAUGGUCGUAUUUUAGUUUGUGACUGUUUAGGAAAGAAACUUCAUAUCUUGAAAUAG